UUCUGACUCGCAGUCUCGUCUCCAAUCUUGCAGCCUGUAUGGCUACGCCGGCGUCGACUGUAAUUGAGCCUUGGUAGAGCCUGACUCAGGUGCAUUGUGACUACCGAGGUCUUCGCCUUACUCCGGCCACAGUUAGCAAAGACUCACUGCCAUCAAAUACCAAAGAAUGCCAUAAUCCCGGACAACCUGUCUUGAGGCUUCCACUAAAAUUGGCGGGCAAUGCAAUUGAACUGUGUUGAUCAGAGUCAGUAACCUCGGACUCUGAGGUACCCCAAUCGCACACAGUAACCGUUCCAUGGAAAUGGCCGGACAUGGGUGCAAUCGUCCUCUCUUACAAGAAGGGGCCGAAGCCUGUACCGGCUGAUGCAGUUCAUCUGUGGUACUUCUUUCAUGAUGUACGGGUACGACGCCGGAGUCCUCGGAGGCGUGCUCCUGCACCAGCCAUUUCUCGACGCGAUAGACAACCCAACAGGCGAAUGGGUGAUCCCAUGGAUAUCCAGCUCAUACAGUCUCUCAGCAGCCAUCACAUGCCUGAUCGUGGCAACCUUUUCAUUCCGGAUCGGACGACGAGGAACAAUCAUUCUAGGCAACAUCGCUGCCGUCAUCGGUUCCGUGAUCCAGUCGACAGCAAACUCAGUGGCCCAACUCACAGUUGGACGAGUGAUUACCGGGUUCGCCAUCGGGUGCAUCUCGAGCGCCGUGCCGACAUACCUGGCCGAGACGGGCGCGGAGAUAGGUGAUCGCGGUCCAGCCAACGCCUUCAACGCCAUAAUGUUGAUCUCAGGUGUUCCGCUAGCAUACUGGAUCGACUAUGGGUUCACAAAAUCCAACGCCCAAUUCUCCUGGCGCGUCCCUAUUGCAUUUCAAUGUGUCUUUGCCCUCAUUGGCGGAACGUGCAUGUUCUUCCUUCCCGACACGCCUCGGUAUUACUAUGCCAAGGGACGACACGAUGAAGGAGAUGCCGCCCUGAUGCGACUGCACGAUGCUCCGUUGGAUUCCCCAAAGGUACAGGCCACGAAGAACGAAAUCCUCAUGACCAUCGAGGCCGAGGAUGAAGCCAGUUCGAGUCUGCACUGGAAGUUGUUUUUGACUUCGGGUAUCAUCGACAGAACGCCCAUGAAGAUCAUUAGGAGGCUGUGUAUUUGUUUCUGGCUGCCUAUGAUUCGGGAGUGGAUGGGGUCGAGUCUGAUGGCAUAUUACAGCUCCGUCAUCCUCAGCAAAGUCGGCGCCCGCGCCUCCCUAGUCAGUCUUCUCGCAGGAGUCCUCAACAUCUUCUUUGCGCUGGGCUGCGUCCCCCUCUACUUCACCAUCGAACGAGUCGGCCGACGCUCAGUCCUAAUGUACGGCGCGAUAUUCAUGUCUGUUCUCAUGUUGAUUUUCACGGUUCUCCAAGCCGUGCCUCCUACGCCAUCGAUCCAAUGGGCCGGGAUAGGUAUAAUUUUCAUCUUUUUGUUUGUGUUUGGUUAUGCAUGGCAGGGCUGCGUCUGGUUGUACGCUUCCGAGAUUGCGCCCCUCGAAUACCGCCAUAUCGGCGGUGCUUUCACGGGGUUUGGAGAGUGGCUCAUGACUUUUAUUACGGUCUUUGCUGGGCCCAUUGGGCUGACAAAUGUCGGUUGGAAGUUCUGGAUCUGGGUUCUUGCUGGAAAUCUGGUCGCUGUGGGGUUUGUGUUUUUCUUGUGUCCGGAGACGGGUGGGAAGACCUUGGAGCAGGUCGACUUUUUGUUCUCGACUACUAAGAAUCCGACUUCUUUCGGGCCAAAAGGGGAUGACGACGAUGUCGAGCAGACUUGGAUUGAAGGGGAUAAGAAGACCAGUGGGAUGCAGAUGCAUGAAGUGCAGGUCCGAGAGUCGUAGGAAAAGGAAAAGAGGACACUCUCUCGAAGCACUGGCAGACGCAUGCAUAGGACAGCAUGGCCUGGCAGACGCGCAGUUUUCAAACAGUACGCCGAUAUUAGUACUGGAGAACGAGGUGGAACUGUAAAAUGCCCUUGCGUGCUGUAUUGAGCCACAACGUCAGACAGAUAGAUAUAGAUAUGUACAUGCUGUAACUAUCACGUACUGUGUGUAAUGGCUCUAUACCUGUCAUUGGACGACGAACGACACUUCCUCGAACCUAUCAACGAGCGAAGGAAAAAGGAAAGAAAACAAUCCAUAUUAGCCAG